AUAGGCCAUAGGCCUUUAAGGAAAGAAGCCGCUUUUGUUUCAGGCACCUCGCUGGGCGCCCCAAAGCGGGGUCCUUCCCUUUCCUCUUCGAGGCCUACGCGAUUCCCGUGCGAGGACAGCCUGCGUUUUCCUAGUCGCUUCGGCGGGACAGAUGGCGGCCUGCCCGGGAAGGAGAUCCCGAAGCAAGGCCCCGGAGGGUGCUCUUAAAAGGAGCCUGGACCCUCCGGAGGAAGUGGUUCCCCCGAAGAGGAAGCUUCCUUGGCCCCAGAGGAAGAGGAAGAGGAAGAGCCGGCCUCCGCCCCAGGGCUCCAGACCACCAGCCCCUCCUUUGAAGAAGCCCCCAAACGAAGGGAAAGGAAGCAAGGACAGCGGAGGCAGCAGUGCUAUUAAGACCUCCAGCCUCUUCCGGAACAAUCCCCAGAUCCCCGAGAUCCAGAGGAUCCCGGUGCAGCAAGUGCAGGAGAAGGUCUUCACCUCGGACUCCUUUGACCGGCUGGGCCUCCACCCGCAUCUGGUUUCAACCAUCACGUCUGUCCUGAAACUCUCCACCUUGACCAGCAUCCAGAAGCAGGCGAUUCCGGUCCUCUUGCAAGGCAGGGACGCCCUGGUGAGGUCCCAGACAGGCUCAGGCAAAACCCUGGCCUAUGGGAUCCCUCUGGUGCAGUCCUUGCAGGGCCUGGAGCCCAAGAUUCAGCGCAGCCAUGGGCCUUAUGCGCUGAUCCUGGUUCCAACCCGAGAGCUGGCCCUUCAGAGCCUUGAGACCAUCCAGAAGCUGCUGAAGCCCUUCACCUGGAUCGUGCCCGGCGUCCUGAUGGGAGGAGAGAAGAAGAAGUCGGAGAAAGCCAGGCUGCGCAAGGGGCUCAACGUGCUGGUGGCCACCCCCGGGCGGCUCCUGGACCACCUCCGCUCCACGCAGUGCCUCCACUUCGGCCGCCUCAAGUGGCUGGUCCUGGACGAGGCCGACAGGAUGCUGGACUUGGGCUUUGAGAAGGCAGUGGCCACUCUCCUGACCGCGCUCAACGCCCAGGGCUCUUCCCGGCAGAACGUCCUCCUCUCGGCCACCUUGACCCAAGGCGUCUCCCGUCUGUCGUCCAUCAGCCUUCGUGACGCGGCCUGCCUUUCUGCGCAGGAGGUGGACGUGGCCGAAGGAGGACGGGUGUCUCCAGCGGAGGGUCUCCUGUCGGGGGGCUUUGCCCUCCCGGAGGGUCUGCGGCAGGAGGCGGUGGUGGUCCCGCUCAAGCUGCGCCUGGUGACGCUGGCCGCCUUCCUCCUGGGCAAGGGACAGUUUGAGCGUGGCCAGAAGGUGUUGGUCUUCUUCUCCAGCUGUGAGCAAGUGGACUUCCACUGCGGCCUCUUCCGGAAGGUCCUGGCCCCCGAGCGGUCAAGCCCCGCUGCGCCCGGCCUGCGCUUCCUGCCCCUGCACGGGGACAUGCCCCAGCAAGAGAGGACGUCCGUCUUCCAGGACUUCCUGCGUUCGGAGAGCGGCGUCCUGCUUUGCACCGAUGUUGCAGCCCGAGGGCUGGACUUGCCUCGGGUCACCUGGAUUGUGCAGUACAGCCCGGCCUCCUCCCUGGAGGGCCACAUCCACCGCGUGGGGCGCACGGGGCGCCUGGGGGGCCGAGGGCACGGCCUGCUCUUCCUCUGCCCCUCGGAGACCCCCUUCCUCCGCUUCCUGGCCUCCCAUCACAUCCCGGUCUCGGAGGUGAAGAUGGAAAGCAUCUUGUCCAUCCUGAUGAAAGAUGACCGCUUCAAGGGCAGCCAAUGGGGGAACAAGAGGCCGCAAGGGCCGGAUCCGCAGGAGUGGCGCCGAAGAGCCACCGCCAUGCAGACGGCCUUUGAGACCCUGGUCCACUCUUCUGCGGACAGCGUCCGGCAGGCAAAGACAGAUAAAAUGGCGAGAGAUACCUCCUGUUCUGGUACCACGUCUUGACCUGGGUGUCAGAGAGCGAGAGGGCGGCGGCCAACUCCAUGCGGUCCUGGACGGAGAGAUACUUCUGCCGCUCGAACGAGCGCUCCAGUUGUGCCAGUUGGUGGUCCGAGAACGCCGUCCGCGCCUUCCGUGGCUUCUUCAGCCGGCAGCCCGGACCCUGACCCGAACCGGAACCCGAAGACGACGACGAGGGCGACGACGAGGGUGACGACGAGGACGGGCAGCACGAGGAGGAGGGGGCGGGGCAAGAGGAGGGGGCGGGGCAGGACACCGCCGGGGGUGUGGCCCGGGAGCUGGAGAUCUCACGCUCCGCCUCCUCCUUCACUGCAUAGAGAGAGAGAGAGAGAGAAAGGGUUACAAUUAGUGCUAUUAUUAUAUUACAUUAUAUUAUUAUUAUUAUUAUUAUUAUGGCAUCUAUAUAUAUAAAAGAGUAAUGAAAUUUCGGCCUAGGACAAAACAACAAAACGACACAUCCCAGAAACACUAAACUUGGCAGCACAACCCCUCAUCCAUGCCUCUACGUUCAUACAGCAAAAAUAAAAUAAAAAUAAAAUCCUAA